AUGACGAUAUUCUAUGAAGGGUCAUUGCAGGAGGGCAUUGCUCUCGCUGUGAGGGAGGCAAAGGCGGUGGUUUGUUUUGUUCGAGAUGAUGCCCAGCUGAGCUCGACUUGGGAGGAGGAGUUCUUCUCAGACAAUGAGGUUGUGCAAGCUCUCGGCGAUAAGUCAGUGUUGUUGCGCCUGACUGCUGGAACCCAGGAAGCCGGAUUUCUGAGCUCAUUCUGUCCCAUUGCCGAAUUCCCGGCUCUAAUUGUUAUCAAGAAUGGCAAGAUGGAGGAGUAUCUGCUGCCAGGAGUAUCGAAGGACGAAUUCAAGAGCCGGAUUAUUGCAGUAUUGGGUGAACAGAAGGCCUAUACUCCCGUUCCAGCUCAGCGACUACAAGCCAGCAUACCCGCCGUGAAUACCAACUCGUCUUCUUCCGACCAGGCUACUAUACCCCUCGCCCCCAUUAGUGCCCCGGCCUACAGGCGGCCAUCGCAAAGCACAUCUGCUCCACAAAGACCACAAGAAAGCGCGAAGCCGACGAAGCAACCAGCCAAGCAGGAAACAGCAAAGCCUACACCUCCAAAGCCCCAACCAGUGAGACAAGAUAAAGGGAAGACACCGGCCCAUGUGCUAGAGAAGACAGCCACAACAUCUCAGAAAUCGACCAAGCCAGCAAUUCGCAAGCCCCCCGCGCCUACCGUUGAAGAUGAGGAACCGAAACCUCAACCACCAGCUCCGAAGGGACCUCCCAGCCAGUAUCGACUCCAAGUACGCCUAUUCGACGGCCGUUCCAUCCGAUCAAGCUUCACCCCGACCCAAACAAUACGCAAAGACGUCCGCCCAUGGCUAGACGAACAAAUGACCGAGGACAAACGACCUUACAACCUCAAACACAUCCUCACCCCGCUACCCAGCCGCACGCUCUCCGUAGCCGAAGAAUCCCAAGCCCUCCAAGAAAUCGGCCUCGAUUCAACUGCAACCCUGGUCAUGGUCCCUGUCGCUUCAUACACGGAGGCUUACACCUCCGCGGCAGCCAGCUUGCCUGCGCGUGGUAUUUCUGCAGUCUACAAUGUGGUUUCGUCCGUUGCAAGCUCGGCUACUAGUCUAGUUGGCUCGUUUAUUGGGUAUGGAUCUAGUGCACCGGAAAGUAGCCCGCAGCCUUCGCCGCCUAGUCCUCCACCGAGUGAGAAUACUCGACGACCGCGAACGGGUGGAUUGAAUAUUCGGACGCUGCGUGAUCAACAGAAUGAACGUGAUGACAGUCAAUUUUACAAUGGGAAUCAGUUGAACUUUGAGCCGCGGGAUCAGAAUCGCAAGGAUGACUGA